CUUCCUCUAGCUACUAGCUAGUACCAGCGAGUACUUUUCCAUGUACUGACAAAGAUUUGCAUCCAUUCUCACUGCGAUCUCAGCAACGAAAUUGAAUACACAGGUAGGUAACGUUAGCUGUAAUAUGAUGUGUUAAAAUCUGUAAUGUAUUGCUUGAAAUUGGCUAAUUUGUCCAAUUAUUAGCAAAUGCCAAAAAACUGCCACCUCAGAGCUCACGUCCCGAUAACGACCUGAUAUGGCGUCCACAGAGAUGAGUCUCUUUGUGGCUAACGUUAUUGCAGCGCAUACAGUAUCAUCAAUGUAGUAAUAACCAAUUUAAAUGUAAUAUCCAUGUAAAACUAAUGGGAUUAAAAGUUGAUGGAAGAAAGUAAUGUACAGUUUCAAUAUUUAUAUGUUAUUUAUUCAAAUACACAAUUAUAGUGCUCCAGACCUGAUGAAAAUACGUUUUGUGUAUUUAGUGAAAUGUACUUAUUUUCUGUGCCUGUGUUAUAUAUUUCAUCAAGGCGUUUGCCCACCUGAGUAAUGGCGCCAAAGCGGGCAGCAACAACAACACACUCUGUCAGUGUCCACACAGGCUCUUCUGUCAAAAUGAUGAAGAUUGGCAUGGAUCAUUCUCUGGAGGAUUUUGGUGAGGUAAUAGAGGAGAAGUACAGAAUACCAGAUGAUGGAUAUUCACCCAUAGAGGUGAGAGAGGUUAUCUUAUUGAUGAUCAAUUACAAACAAUUACUGCAGAUUACCACCCCGUUACAAUCAAGUCUACUUUUUUUGUAUUUAAUUUGCUUCACGGAAUCCUUUACCCCUUACUUUUCCACACUGCUGUAUCAGUAAGGAUUAUGGCCCAUGUACAAUACCCUUUAUGGUUGAUGUACUGUAGUAACUGUACUGUACUGUACUAGUUCAACUGUACUAUGUUUUACACCAUGGUGUCGUACUUUGUUUCUCUCUCAGGGUGAACCAAUCACCUUCGAGGAAGAAGACGAUCAAAGUCCUGAAACGAGAACCGACACCAUAACUCUCCUGAUGAAAAUUGAUCAGCUGCAAGCGGAACUGAAAUAUGAGCGCAGAUGCAGACAGCUGGCUGAGAGGGAACUGAAACAGAUGAAAGGUAUAUUAUAAAACUACACUCAUUGUUCAUUGAAUUACUGAAUCGUAUUUAAUGGGUUAUUCAAAGUUGGCCAAAAUAGGCUAUUUUGGGGGGUUUACUAGAUACAUUCAACCUUCAACUUUUUUUGUGUUAACUUUAAAAAAUACUUAUCAUGACAGAUACUGCAAGUAUUUUAAACACCAUUGUCAAUGUACUCAGUUAUCUUGCAAUGAUGCACUGAGAAAGGUCAGGCUAAUCAGUUAGGGUGAUUGCUGUUGAGCUAUUAUCUAUCUUUAUAAAAUGUCUUGACGAAUAAUCGAUUCUCGUUGGUCAAAUGGGUGUUGCUGAUUAUUUUCUGAUACUUUGUCAGAGAUGAACAACCUGCCAAUGUACUCAGUUAUCUUGAAAAUAUUAAUUUGAAAAGGUGGAUCAGUUAGGGGGAUUGCUCAUGAGUGGUCUACAGUGCAUUCGGAAAGUAUUCAGACCCCUUGACUUUUUCCACAUUUUGUUACGUUACAGCCUUAUUCUAAAAUUGAUUAAAUAGUUUUUUGCCCCCUCAUCAAUCUACACACAAUACCCCAUAAUGGCAAAGCAAAAACAGGUUUUUAGAAUUUUUAGCAAACGUAUUAAAAAUAAAAAACGGAAAUAUCACAUUUACAUAAGUAUUCAGACCUUUUACUCAGUACUUUGUUGAAGCACCUUUGGCAGCGAUUAUAGCCUCGAGUCUUCUUGGGUAUGACGCUACAAGCUUGGCACACCUGUAUUUGGGGAGUUUAUCCCAUUCUUCUCUGCAGAUCCUCUCAAACUCUGUCAGGUUGGAUGGGGAGCGUCGCUGCACAGCUAUUUUCAGGUCUCUCCAGAGAUGUUCGAUCGGGUUCAAGUCCGGGCUCUGGCUGGGCCACUCAAGGACAUUCAGAGACUUGUCCCGGAGCCACUCCUGCAUUGUCUUGGCUGUGUGCUUAGGGUUGUUGUCCUGUUGGAAGGUGAACCUUUGCCCCAGUCUGAGGUCCUGAGUGCUCUGGAGGAGGUUUUCAUCAAGGAUCUCCCUGAUCUCUUUUUGCUCCGUUCAUCUUUCCCUUUAUCCUGACUAUUUUCUCAGUCCCUGCCGCUGAAAAACAUCCCCUCAGCAUGGUGCUGCCACCACCAUGCAUCACUGUAGGGAUGGUGCCAGGUUGCCUCCAGACGUGACACUUGGCAUUCAGGCCAAAGAGUUCAAUCUUGGUUUCAUCAGACCAGAGAAUCUUGUUUCUCAUGGUCUGAGAGUCCUUUAGAUGCCUUUCGGCAAACUCCAAGCAGGCUGUCAUGUGCCCUUUUACUGAGGAGUGGCUUCCGUCUGGACACUACCAUAAAGGCCUGAUUGGUGGAGUGCUGCAGAGAUGGUUGUCCUUCUGGAAGGUUCUCCCAUCUCCACAGAGGAACUCUGGAGCUCUUUCAGAGUGACCAUCGGAUUCUUGGUCACCUCCCUGACGAAGGUUCUCCCCCGAUUGCUCAGUUUGGCCGGGCGGCCAGCUCUAGGAAGAGUCUUGGGGGUUCCAAACUUAUUCCAUUUAAGAAUGAUGGAGGCCAAUGUGUUCUUGGGGACCUUCAAUGCUGCAGACAUUUUUUGGUACCCUUCCCCAGAUCUGUGCCUCGAGACAAUCCUGUCUCGGAGCUCUACGGACAAUUCCUUCAACCUCAUGGCUUGCUUUUUGCUCUGACAUGCACUGUGGACUGUGGGACCUUAUAUAGACAGGUGUGUGCCUUUCCAAAUCAUGUCCACUCAAUUGAAUUUACCACAGGUGGACUCCAAUCAAGUUGUAGAAACAUCUCAAAGAUGAUCAAUGGAAACAGGAUGCACCUGAGCUCAAUUUCGACUCUCAUAGCAAAGGGUCUGAAUACUAAUGUAAAUAAGGUAUUUCUGUUUUUAUUUUUAAUGCAUUUGCAAACAUUUCUAAAAACCUGUUUUUGAUUUGUCAUUAUGGGAUAUUGUGUGUAGAUUGAUGAGGGAAAAAAAAAAAGUAUUCCAUUUUAGAAUAAGGCUGUAAUGUAUGAAAAUUUGGAAGAUGUCAAGGGGUCUGAAUACUUUCAGAGUGUACAAAACAUUGCUCUUUCCAUGACACAGAUUGACCAGGUGAAUCUAGGUGAAAGCUAUGAUCCCUUAUUGAUGUCACUUGUUAAAUCCACUUCAAUCAGUGUAGAUGAAGGUGAGGAAACAGGUUAAAUAAGGAUUGUUAAGCCUUGAGACAAUUCAGACAUGGAUUGUGUAUGUGUGCCAUUCAGAGGGUGAAUGGGCAAGACAAAAUAUUUAAGUGCCUUUGAACGGGGUAGGGACCAGGCGCAUUUAUUUAAGUGUGUCAAGAACUGCAACGCUGCUGGGUUUUUCACGCUCAACAGUUUCCCGUGUGUAUCAAGAAUGUUCCAGCACCCAAAGGACAUCCAGCCAACUUGACACAACUGUGGGAAGCAUUGGAGUCAACAUGGGCCAGCAUCCCUGUGGAACGCUUUCGAGACCUUGUAGACUCCAUGCCCCGACGAAUUGAAACUGUUCUGAGGCAAAAGGCGGUGCAACUCAAUAUUAGGAAGGUGUUCCUAAUGUUUUGUACACUCAGUGCAUAAUACUCUCUUGUAAUACUUUGUCAGAGAUGAACGACCUGAUGACCCAGAUGAGACACACAGCCCAUGACCUAAGGACUGUUCUGGACCACGCCCGGGGGCAGCAGGGGAACGAUGUGAACGAUGUUGUGAACGACGUUGUCACCCCAGAGAGCUGUGAGGGGCAGAGCAUCUCUUAUGCAGACGUGCCAGUUCAGAUGUCACAGGAAGUAGAGGUGAGGUCACCACCCCCAUCAGGCCUUUCUACAUUGUAGUUGCUGCUACUGUCACAUUCAACUCGUCCUCUCAAGAAAAUUAUGUAUAUAGCCUAAUGUUUGCCUGGGUUCAGACAGACGACCUGAGAUAGGCAUUAGGAUUACUUUAGCCUGGUUAAACCAGACCGAAUGCUGCACCCACAGCUAAAACAAUGGUAAGUGCAUCAUGCAGUCUAAUUUAACCAGGCUAGGAGUACUUAUGAUGAACGGAGAUACACAAUAUCCAAACGUUGCUGGCCAUAAAAUAAAGCAAUUCAAAUAAAGUAUCUCUCUAAAAUAAAACUAGAUAUGUCUCUGACAAAUCAACUUUGCAAUGUUCUCUGACAAUGGACACUUCAGUUCUGUCUUUGACUUUAUCAGGACGCUAACUAUAUCCACCUCCCCGGGGGUCUGAGAGUGCAGAGGAAUCUGUACAAGGGGAUCUCAGAGAUCAUGGACUUCAAGAAGUACAUCUCAGCCAUGCUGAUGGUGCUGUUUGACAGGGAGACGUUGGGCACACACAGUCUGCAGGGCAGGAGGUGUAACAUCGCCAAAGAGGAAACCCAGAAACCUCAACUCCCCCCUGACAUCAUGAGAGGCCUUCUAGGUACUGUACUUUGUCUAUUUCUUAUUGCUGUCUAUUUUAUUCAACCUUCAUAUAACCAGGUUGUCUCACUGAGGUCGGAGGACCUCUUUCCCAAGGGAAAGUCAUCCAAGCAAACCAAAAUUGGUUCUGUGAAAGUUCCCAGGACAUUCGUUAGGUUGCUGCAUAUUUUCUCAUAACAUAAAACUGUCCAGUCGUGCUGAUGAUUAUAGAAUGUUUGUAUAAAAUGCUCCUAGAACAUAUUUAUGGUGAGAACAUUGUGGGGACGUCACAAAAGAUAUGUUCCCAAAACACAAAAACUGUCCAGUUGUGCGGAUGAUUCUACAAUGUUUAUUUUAGGGUGCAAAAAACAUUCACCUGAUGUUACAAGAACAUUCCCAGAACACAUUUCCUCUGUUCUUUAAAGGUACCCAUAAUGUUUUAUUAGGUUGUGGGAAAAGUAUGGUAGGAACAUUGUAGGGACAUCACAAAAGAUAUGUUCCCAAAACACUAAAACUGUCCAGUUGUGUGGAUGAUUCUACAAUGUUUCUUUUAGGGUGUAAAAAACAUUCACCUGAUGUUACAAUAACGUUCCCAGAACAAAUUUAGUCUGUUCUUUAAAGGUUCCUAGAAUGUUUCUUUAGGUUGUGGGGAUAUGACAAGAGAUAGGUUCCCAAAACACUAAAAUUGUCCAGUUGUGCUGAUAUUCAUAGAAUUCUUUAGUUAGGUUCAAGUCUUGCCAUAGAUUUUCAAGCUGAUUUAAGUCAAAACUUUAACUAGGCCACUCAGUAACAUUCAAUGUGGUCUUGGUAAGCAACUCCAGUGUAUAUUUGGCCUUGUGCUUUAGGUUAUUGUCCUUCUGAAAAUUUCAUUUAUCUCCCAGUGUCUAUUGGAAAGCAGACUAAACCAAGUUUUCCUCUAGGGUUGUGCUUCGCUCUAUUCAGUUUAUAUAGCCAUAACAUGAUGCAGCCACCACCAUGCUUGAAAAUAUGAAGUGGUAUUCAGUGAUGUGUUAUGUUGAAAUUGCCCCAAACAUAACACUUUGUAUUCAGGAAAUAAAGUAAAUUUCGUUGCCACAUUUCUUUCAGUUUUACUUUAGUACCUUAUUGCAAACAGGAUGCAUGUCCUGUAAUAUGUUUUAUUCUGUACAGACUUCCUUCUUUUCACUCUGUCAUUUAGGUUAGUACUGUGGAGUAACUACAAUGUUGUUGAUCCUUCCACAGUUUUCUCCUAUCACAGCCAUUAAACUCUGUGACUGUUUUAAAGUCACCAUGAGAAAACCCCUGAGCGGUUUCCUUCCUCUACGGCACCUGAGUUAGGAAGGGCGCCUGUAUCUUUGUAGUGACUGGGUGUAUUGAUGCACCAUCCAAAAUGUAAUUAAUAACUUCACCAUGGUCAAAGGGAUGUUCAGUGUCUGCUUUUUAAAAUCUUUACCCAUCUACCAAUAGGUGCCCUUCGUUGUGAGGCAUUUGAAAACCUCCCUGGUCUUUGUGGUUGAAUCUGUGUUUGAAAUUCACUGCUCGACUGAGGGACCUUAAAGAUAAUUGUAUGUGUGGUAUACAGAGAUGAGGUAGUCAUUCAAAAAUCAUGUUAACUAUUAUUGCACACAGUGAGUCCAUGCAACUUAUUAUGUGACUUGUUAAGUUAAUUUUUACUCCUGAACUUAUUUAAUCCUGAACUUAUUGACUCAAGACAUUUCAGCUUUUAAUUUUUUAUUAAUUUGUAAAAAAUUCUAAAAACAUAAUUCCACUUUGACAUAAUGGGGUAUUGUGUGUAGGCCAGUGACAAACAAUCUCAAUUGAAUCCAUUUUAAAUUCAAGCUGUAACACAACAAAAUGUGGAAAAAGUCAAGGGAUGUGAAUACUUUCUGAAGGCACUGUAUUAUGUGACUUGCUAAGCAAAUGUGUACUCCUGAACUUAUUUAGGCUUGCCAUAACAAAGGGGUUGAAUACUUAUUGACUCAAGACAUUUCAGCUUUUCAUUUAGAAUGAAUUUGUAAAAACAUAAUUCCACUUUCACAUUGUGGUGUAUUGUAUGUAGGCCAGUGACUCUGAAUCUGAAGGCACUGUAUGUUUUUUAUUUCUAAUGAUAAAAGAUAGAUAAUAUAUAUUUUUUCCAGAUCACGUGAGGAUAAAGUUUGGUGUGGAUUACAGUGCGAUCCGAGCUGCCGUCAGAACAAAGUUAAAUAAUGAAGACAAACUGUUGAAGAAGAGACUUGGGAUCCGUUGAAUCUACAGUCAAAAAAAUACAAAUAACCAAAAACCAGGUUAUAAUCAAACAAUUGUUUACAUUGCAAGUACUGUACUCUGUCCUGUAAGUGCAAUGUUUUAUUCCACCAACAGAUGUCAGUGUGUAGACAGUUUAGUUGUAUGAUGUUACUUUUGAUCAGAAGGAGAUUGACUUUGUCUGUUUGUAUGAUUUAAGAGUACUGUAGAUUACACAUGUUAUAGAUUACAUUUGUGAUAGAUUCACUCACAUAGUAGCCUUAACAACACAUUAUUAUAUAAUGAUUGUGCCUGUUAAAUAAAUGUCUUUCUGAUUCCCACUCAUCUCACAACAUCCAAUCUGGUCUUCACUAAUGCUAUUAAAUG